GUUUAUUGUUGAUGCUCGGUGAUGAGGAGCUGACCAGAGCUCCCUAUAACAUAGACAACCAGGCCCACAGGAGAGCGAUGAUGGCUGAACUGGAGAGGAUCAAGGAACUGGGGGUCAAGCCACCUCAGAACCUCUGGGAGUACAAGGCUGUGAAUGCAGGUAAAUCUCUGUUCCUGCUCUAUGCUUUGAAGAGUUCUCCUCGCCUCACCAUCCUCUACCUCUACCUCUUCGACUACUCAGAAACCUUCCUCCCCUUCCUGCACACCUGCUGUCCCGCCCUCUCACGCACCAGCGAGCCAAUGGAGGACAGCCUCCCCCUCAACCACCAGGGGCACCCCAGCUGGCGCCAGUGGGCGGAGUUCCUAGUUAAGUACCUCCUCCUUCCGUACCAGCUGAUCGCUGAGUUUGCCUGGGAUUGGCUGUCGGUUCACUACUGGACGUCACGGUUCAUCAUCGUCAACGCCGUGCUGCUGUCUGUGCUGGAGGGCUGUGUCCUGUGGAGGUUCUAUAACCGAGCUGAGAUCAGGAGUCUCCCUCAGAAGAUGUGGGGUCACCUGUGGAGGAUGUCCUCCCAGGGUUUUGCCUUCGCCCUGUUCUGGCCGGUGGUCCCUCAGUUUGUGUGUAACUGUCUGUUCUACUGGGCUCUGUAUUUCAACCCCAUCAUCAACAUAGACCUGGUGGUGCAGCAGCUAAUGCCGGACACACGAGGGCCGUGAAGGAC